AGAACUCAGAACACACUCGACUUGCCCAUUUUCAAAACUGUUCAACUAGGCCUUUGAGCGCUCAGGGGACUCCCGGGUUCAUAUACCUCCAUCUUGAUUCUUUCACUCAUCCGUAGGCUUGCUCUGAUGACAAGAAAGAAGACUCAGGCAAAGAAAAAGCAGGCCCCCCAGGCUGCAGCUGCCACACAGCAAGCACAACGUCCACAGACCAAUGGCGUAAACCAAAAUGAACCUCCUGCUGAGAGCCCCCCACCUCCGGAACCUACAUCCCCAGUGUCACCCUCAACUUCUAGCACCACAACCAAUGGCUUCCCUAUUCCUCAAGAGGGUCCUUCUGCAGAUGACGUUAAAGAGCGCGGUAACGUUGCCUUCAAAGCAAAACAAUACACCGAGGCUAUCGAACUCUAUACCAAGGCUAUCGACAUUAAACCCACGGAACCAUCAUAUCUGACUAAUCGCGCUGCCUCAUACAUGGCUUUAAAGCGUUUCCGCCCCGCACUAACAGAUUGCCAACAAGCAGCUACACUUCAAUCCGCCGAACCCUCAUCCAAGACUCUCAUCCGUCUCGCACGUUGUCAACUCGCACUUGGCUUAUCAGAGCCUGCAUUAACAACUCUACGCUCUGUUCUUGCUUUUGAGCCAACAAACGCUGCUGCAGUACAGCUAAAAGAUAAAGUCCUUGAACUACAAGCUCAUUUACGCAACUUCGAGUCUUCACGCACGCGAAAGGAAUGGGGCAUGGCACGCCUCGCAUUAGAUAAAUGUCUACAAAGCAUCGAAGGUGAGGGCGGCGAAAUACCAACUCAGUGGCGUCUAUGGAGAGUCGAACUCGAGCUCUCCCGAGGCAACUGGGAUGCUGCAAACAUUGCUGCAAACGAUGCUCUUCGAUUAGAACCCAACUCCCCCGAAGUCCUUGCACUCCGUGGUCUUGUGCUCUUCCUCAGUGGUAAACUAUCCCAAGCGCUGCAACACGUCGCUUCGGCGCUUCGGCUUGAUCCCGCUCACGAGCCUGCCCAACAGCUGCGCAAGCGCGUAAAAGACGUUGAGCGCCUGAAGGAAGAAGGAAACACCGCCUUCAAAGGUAGCAGGCUACAAGACGCAAUCGCACGAUACACCGAAGCUCUUGACCGAAUAGGUGAAGUCGAAGAAGAAGGCAAAGGUGGGCAAAUCCGGGCCACUCUUCUCUCGAAUCGCGCUACCACCCUCGUAAAGCUCGACCGGUACGAAGAAGCACUCGUAGAUACUGAAGCCUCUCUUGCAUUGUACCCGACAUCUUUUAAAGCUCUCCGCACCCGCGCACGCAUCAACCUCCAUCUCGACAAAUACGAUGCUUCCAUCGCAGAUUUCAGAGCAUCGAUGGAACAAGCCGAGUUCGAAGGGGUCGAAGCUGACGUCAGGUCCCUCAGAAGUGAGCUCAAGAAAGCCGAAGCUGCGCUUAAGAGGAGCAAGACGAAAGAUUAUUAUAGCAUCCUUGGUGUCGCUAAAGACUGCACCGAACUCGAAAUCAAGAAAGGUUACCGACGAGAAAGUCUCAAACACCACCCAGACAAAGGAGGCGACGAAGAAAAAUUCAAACUAGUAGUAGAAGCAAACGCAGUCCUCUCCGACCCUCAACGCCGCGAACGCUACGACAUGGGCGAAGACGAAGAUGGACAGACGGAGGGUGGGAUGGGAGGCGCUGGGGCGUUUAAUACUGCUGAUUUGGCUGAGAUAUUUUCGCAGUUUCAGGGUGGGGGGCCGUUUGGUGGGGGUGGAGGUGGGGGCCCAUUUGGUGGUGGUGGGUUUGGUGGUGGGUUUGGUGGGCAAGGGGGCCAGGGGGCCUGUCACACAACGCGAGUGGGGGUGGCGACUGAGAAGCCACAUACGGGCAUGCAGCAUAUCACAGUGGAGAAUCAGCUUGAAGAUCAUCGGAUUUCUUGAACAGAAAUCUCGUUUGUCCCCCUGGGGCACUCUGGGGUGCCACCUAUUCGUCCAUACGAAUUUGUUCUCUGGAUCGCACCUGCCCCACUAUACCGUAGAAAUAGAUUCGUCUUCUUGCGUAGUCC